AUGUCUCGCUCAUUGGCAAGGCUCAUCAAGCCGAUUAUCGUUCGACGACAGAACCGCGGCGAUUUGACGGAACCCACGUCCAGCGCAACUCAAGUCUACCAGCCCGCUCGUCUUCCAGCUAUACAGCUUGAAGACUCUCGAGCGGCAGAAACCAAAGCAGUAGCCCAAUCAUGGCAUCCAUGCAGAACGGAAGCAGCAGCACCUCCUGCUGCCAGCAAGGCAGAUGGCGGCGUACAUGACCCAGAAGCAGAGCUCAUCGAGUCCAACUGGGAUGAAGUCAUCGGCGAAUUUGACCAGAUGAACCUCAAGCCAGAGCUGCUCAGAGGCAUCUUUGCAUACGGCUUCGAGCGACCGUCGGCAAUCCAGCAACGCGCAAUUCAGCCCGUCCUCCUCGGCCACGACGUUAUCGCCCAGGCACAGUCUGGCACAGGCAAGACAGCUACCUUCUCAAUCUCGAUCUUGCAGUCCAUCGACCUCAACCUGCGCGCCGUGCAAGCGCUCGUCUUGGCGCCUACGCGUGAAUUGGCCCAGCAAUCACAGAAAGUCCUCAUCGCGCUUGGUGACUACCUCAACGUCGAAUGCUAUGGCGCCGUCGGAGGUACAUCCGUUCGCGAGGGUAUCGAGAAGCUCAACGAAGGCCCUCACGUCGUCGUUGGCACGCCCGGCAGAGUGUUCGAUAUGAUCCAACGACGCGCGCUCAAGACGGAUCACAUCAAGAUCUUCUGUCUCGAUGAAGCCGACGAGAUGCUCUCGCGCGGUUUCAAGGACCAGAUCUACGAUAUCUUCCAGCACCUGCCACCUCAGAUCCAGGUCGUCCUGCUCUCCGCCACCAUGCCAAACGAUGUCCUGGAGGUCUCGAAGAAGUUUAUGCGUGACCCCAAGCAGAUCCUGGUCAAAAAGGAUGAGCUCACGCUCGAAGGUAUCAAGCAAUUCUACAUCGCCGUCGACAAGGAGGAGUGGAAGCUCGACACUCUCUCUGACCUUUACGAAACCGUCACGAUCACCCAGGCCGUCAUCUUCUGCAACACCCGUAGAAAAGUCGACUGGCUCACCGAGAGGCUCCAAGCCAAGGAGUUCACCGUCUCGUCCAUGCAUGGCGACAUGGAGCAAGGUCAGCGUGAGCUGAUCAUGAAGGAAUUCCGCUCCGGCUCUUCUCGUGUCCUCAUCACUACCGAUCUGCUAGCCCGCGGUAUCGACGUACAACAAGUCUCCCUCGUCAUCAACUAUGAUCUGCCUACCUCGAACGAGAAUUACAUCCACCGUAUCGGUCGUGGCGGACGUUUCGGCCGAAAGGGUGUCGCCAUCAACUUUGUAUCUGCAGAGGACACUCAGGCUCUCCGAGACCUCGAGAAGUUCUACAGCACCCAGAUCACAGAGAUGCCGAUGUAUGGCGAUCACCUCAGAUCUCGAUAUCAACUGACGUCUUGCAUGCAGGAACGUCGCCGAUCUGAUCUAGACGGCAAAAUAAGAGCGCAGUCUUCGCACCCUUACUACUACUUUGCAGUUGUACAACGUGGCUUCGUGCCGUUCAGCGUCCAGACAGACGCGCAUGAAGCGCAUCGAUCCAAUGAGGCAUGA